AUGUCGACGGGGGAGGAAGACGGAGAACCGCUAAGCCCGAUGGCGCGUGUGUUCCAAUUGCCAGGCAACGACUGCUGCAUUAUCACCGUUAUCGGUUGCAAAACCAAGAUCAAUGCUGACGUCAUUCGAAGUGGCUUGAACCAGAAUGUUUUCAAGCAUCCUCGUUUCUCAAGGAAACUGUCACGAGAUGGUUUAAGUUGGAUUAAGACUCAGGUCAACAUAGAAGACCAUAUAUUUGUAGCAGAUAAAGACCAGAACGAGAUUGCAGAAGAUGGAGAACUCUUUGUUGAGGACUACGUUUCACGUCUCACAAUGAUUCCUCUCGAUAAAGCAAGACCUUUAUGGGACAUUCACAUCCUAAACGUCAAAACAUCUGACGCAGACGCGGUAUGUGUAAUAAGAUCUCACCAUUCGCUAGGAGAUGGAACAUCCCUCAUGUCUCUCUUAGCUGCAUGCACUCAGACAACAUCACACCGAGACAAAGCUACUAUUCCUGCUCUUAAACGGCGUAAAAGGGUGUAUAAAGACAAAAUCUCAUGGUUCGUAAGGUUGAUACAAGCCAUCUUUUCAUCAGUGAGAUUGAUUUGGAACACUUUUGUGGAUCUUGUGCUGUUGUUGGCGAUUGCUGUUUUCUUGAAGGAUACAAAAACGCCUCUAAAAGGCGAUGUGGGCGUCGAGAGUAGUCCGAAGAAAUUUUGUCACCGGACUGUCUCACUGGAUGACUUCAGAGUUAUAAAGGAAGCUAUGAGCAUGACUAUCAACGAUGUUCUACUUGGAGUUACACAAGCUGCUCUUUCACGCUACUUGAACAAUUUUCCUGGUAAAAUACGACUUACCGCAGGUGUUUUUGUAAACCUAAGGCCCGACAACGGAUUCCAGGUAUUUCCUUAA